AUGAAGCUUUCUACGGCUGUCUUGCUCGCGUGUCCGCUGCUGGGCUCUUGCUUCCGCGUCCACACUUCCAACGGUCCCAUCUUUGGCCACCCUGCCGGCGCUGCGCCUGGAGUCACGGAGUUUUUGGGGAUCCCAUACGCUCAGCCGCCCAUCGGCCAGCUGCGGUUCAAGCCUCCCCAGAAGUUGACCGCUCGCCGUCAAUAUGUGGCCGCGAACUAUCGUAAGGAAGACGGAGCUGCGGACGUGUCUUUGGACUGCGUCUUCACUCCUUCCAGGCGCGUCGACUUCCCAGCAGCGACGCCCAAUUUCCCCCGGAUUCUCUCCGCCUUUACUGGCGGCUUGGGCAAUGCGCAGAGCGAGGAUUGUUUGACUUUGAAUGUCUGGACCAAAAGCACUGGCGCCAGGAAGAGGCCCGUGCUCGUCUUUUUCUAUGGCGGACGAUUUACCACCGGCGACACUAACACCCCCUUUUACGCCGGCGAGUUCUUCGCGGACGCAGAAAACGUCGUGGUUGUCACUGUGAACUAUCGCCUCAGCAUCUUCGGCUUUCCGGGUGCGCCCGGCCAACCCCAGAAUCUCGGCCUAAGGGACCAGCGCCUUGCUGUUGAAUGGCUCCGAGAUAACGUACGUGCCUUUGGAGGGGAUCCAGAGCGAAUCACCCUCUUUGGCCAGUCGUCUGGCAGUCUAUCUAUCGAUGCCUAUGCCUAUGCGUAUAAGCAUGACCCCAUCGUGGCCGGGUUGAUUCUACACUCUGGCACCGUUUUCACCUUUCCUUUAAAUACAGAUCAGCUUGCUACUAGACAUUGGUACAAUGCCUCCACGCUUGUUGGAUGUGGGUCCGAAGGCGAUGUUUUCGAUUGCAUGAUGACCAAAAGUGCAGAUGAACUGAAGGCUGCAGCUGCUCGAAUCCCAGCGCCACCAAACACGAGCGCCGCCCGCUCUCAGCCCGUCUUCCAACCCGUUCCCGAUGGCGACGUCGUCUUUAAUAAUUACGAUCAAUUAUCCUCUCAAGGCAACUUUGCCCGAAUUCCCAUCAUUGUUGGCCAUACGGACCAGGAAUCUGCCUUUUACAAUAUUUCAGCGUGGGCUAGGGGUACCUUUCUAACCGACCAGCAAUGGGCUGAGUUUGUAACAGAAGUAUUUGGCUGCACGUCUAUGAAGUCAGCAGACUACAGAACUAGACACCAUAUCCCAGUAUGGAGAUAUCGUUAUUUUGGGGACUGGGACAACACACGUCUGUUCCCAAAUAGCCGUGCCUACCACGGUGUGGACCUGCACAUGAUUUUUGGCAAUUCAGAGGCUGUCAGUGGAGAUCCUGAGUCACCGGAACAGACCAAACUAAAGUGCGUAAUGCAAAAAGCCUGGGCUGCUUUUGCUGCUGAUCCCUGGCGUGGUCCGAGGGAUCUAGGGUGGCCUAUGUACCGAAAGAAUGGCCGAACAGUAGCACGGUUUGGUUAUGCAAAUACCCACAGACCGUCCUUCGUGCUCCCAAGUGUUUACGAUGCCACUUGCCCUGCUGCAUAA